GAGCAGACACAAAUGAAAGAACGUCUUACUGCUUUGUCUAGCAGAGUAACAGAGCUGGAAGAAGAUCUUGACACAGCUAGAAAAGACUUAAUAAAAUCUGAAGAAAUGAAUACAAAGUUACAGAGAGAUGUACGAGAGACUAUGGCCCAAAAGGAAGACAUGGAAGAGAGAAUCACAACUCUUGAGAAACGCUACCUCGCUGCACAACGUGAAGCUACAUCUGUGCAUGACCUCAAUGAUAAACUUGAAAAUGAAAUUGCCACUAAAGACUCCAUGCAUCGACAGAGUGAAGAUAAAAAUAGGCAAUUGCAAGAACGACUGGAACUAGCUGAGCAAAAGCUGCAGCAAACUUUGAGAAAAGCUGAAACUUUGCCGGAGGUUGAAGCUGAGCUGGCACAGAGAGUUGCAGCACUUUCAAAGGCUGAGGAGAGACAUGGCAAUAUAGAGGAACGACUGAGACAGAUGGAAGCACAACUAGAAGAAAAGAAUCAAGAACUGCAAAGGGCUAGACAAAGAGAGAAGAUGAAUGAAGAGCAUAAUAAACGUUUGUCAGAAACUGUUGAUAAGCUUCUGUCUGAAUCUAAUGAAAGGCUUCAGCUUCAUCUCAAGGAAAGGAUGGCUGCCUUGGAAGAUAAGAAUUCACUUCUUCGAGAAAUUGAAAAUGCAAAAAAACAAAUAGAGGAACUUCAGCAUGAAAAGGAUCAACUUGUAUUAAAUGUUGAUGCAUUAAGGGCUGAAAAUGACCAAGUGAGACUUAGAGCCACAUCACUUCAUCAUAGCCGACCAGACUUCAGGUACCCUAUGACAUCUUCGUCUGUGGCUGACAGUCAUACAGACUCCUAUGGCACCUCAUCAGUGUUAAGGCGUCCCCAAAAAGGACGUUUGGCAGCUCUCAGAGACGAACCUUCAAAGGUUCAAACUCUGAAUGAGCAGGACUGGGAGCGAGCCCAGCAAGCAAGUGUAUUGGCAAAUGUGGCACAAGCAUUUGAAAGUGAUGUUGAUGUGUCUGAUGUUGAGGAUGAUAGGGAGACUAUAUUCAGUUCAGUUGAUCUGCUGUCACCAAGUGGUCAGGCUGAUGCUCAGACUUUGGCCAUGAUGCUUCAAGAACAGUUGGAUGCAAUCAACAAAGAGAUUAGACUUAUACAAGAAGAAAAGGAAAACACAGAACAGCGUGCAGAGGAGAUUGAAAGCAGAGUGGGUAGUGGAAGUUUGGAUGCCCAUGGCCGAUUCCGGUCCAUGAGCUCCAUUCCUCCUCCCUAUGCAAGCGGCUCACUUGCUGGUUCUUCCCCGCCUGGCAGUGGCCGCUCCACCCCAAGGAGGAUUCCACAUAGUCCAGCUCGGGAAGUGGACAGACUAGGUAUCAUGACACUGUCUCCAGCUUCUAGAGAAGAGGUACGAGAUGAUAAAACCACAAUAAAAUGUGAGACAUCACCACCUUCUUCACCUCGAUCUUUGCGUUUGGACAGAGUCCAAAAAGGAGCUUUGCAUACAGUGAGCCAUGAAGAUAUCAGGGACAUAAGAAAUUCAACAGGCUCGCAAGAUGGGCAAACAAGUAAUCCUAGUAGCAGCAAUAGUAGCCAAGAUUCCCUUCAUAAAGCCCCCAAAAAGAAGGGGAUCAAAUCCUCUAUUGGCCGCUUGUUUGGCAAGAAAGAAAAGGGACGACCUGGACAAACAAGCAAGGAAACAUUAGGACAAGUUGGCAUGGCAGAAGCAGAUGGUUCCUCUCAGGAUGCAUUAGGUCUCAGCAAGCUUGGAGGUCAGGCAGAAAAAAACAGGAAAAUGCAGAAAAAGCAUGAGUUGCUCGAGGAAGCCAGAAGACAAGGUUUACCUUUUGCACAGUGGGAUGGGCCUACUGUGGUUGUGUGGUUGGAGCUGUGGGUUGGGAUGCCAGCCUGGUAUGUGGCUGCUUGCCGAGCAAAUGUGAAAAGCGGUGCUAUCAUGUCGGCCUUAUCUGAUACAGAAAUACAGCGUGAAAUUGGAAUUAGUAAUCCUCUGCACAGACUGAAGCUGAGGCUGGCCAUUCAAGAAAUCAUGUCACUAACAAGUCCAUCUGCCCCUCCCACCUCAAGGACGACCACGGGAAAUGUCUGGGUAACACAUGAAGAAAUGGAAAAUCUUACAGCCACACAACAAACGGAAGAUGAGGAGGGAAGCUGGGCUCAGACGUUAGCAUAUGGUGAUAUGAACCAUGAGUGGAUUGGCAAUGAAUGGCUCCCUAGUCUGGGGCUCCCUCAGUAUCGCAGCUAUUUCAUGGAAUGUCUUGUUGAUGCUCGAAUGCUGGAUCAUUUAACUAAAAAAGAUCUGCGUGGGCAACUUAAAAUGGUGGACAGCUUUCACAGAAACAGUUUUCAGUGUGGAAUUAUGUGCCUACGAAGACUGAAUUAUGAUCGAAAAGAACUUGAAAGAAAAAGAGAAGAAAGCCAGAAUGAAAUUAAGGAUGUCCUUGUCUGGAGCAAUGAAAGAAUGAUCCAUUGGGUAGUGUCCAUUGGUCUUAAAGAAUACGCAAAUAACCUUAUAGAGAGCGGAGUUCAUGGUGCACUUGUGGCCUUAGAUGAAUCAUUUGAUUACAAUGCAUUAGCUCUCUUACUACAAAUACCCACUCAAAACACACAGGCUCGUGCUGUUCUGGAGAGGGAAUUUAAUAACCUUCUUGCUAUGGGCACUGACAGAAGACUUGAUGAA